AUGCUUCUUCUGCCGAUCCUCUUCCUCUUCGCCACCCUCGCUCUCGUCCGCGCAACCGAUGACCAGCACAUGCUGGAGCUAUCGCGCGCGCGAGCGGGCUCCAUCUACGCGGAUCACUCGUUCACCUACCGACACCUCUCCUCCCUCCCUCUCCUCGCCACGCCCGACCUUGCCGCCACGGCUUGGGAGCACGCACUCACCGACGGCGUGGUGUACACCGCCACCCUUCAAGCAAAGGGCAAGAAGGAUGUUCCGUACUUUUUCAGCGUUAUUCACCCCGGCUCGACGCUCGGACGGAGCAUGCGCAUGUGGCACCACCCCCCACAGGGGCAGCACAAGUACGCGGCCGUACUGUGGAAGUGGCAUGAGGGAAGGCCCGAACUGGUUCAUGUGGAUCUGGUACCGUUUGAACAAGGAAUCAGGUGGCCUUUGAUGGAUGUUCACAGUCUUAUCAAGGGUCUCUAG